CCCGCCCUCUGGCUGCGCUCGGUUGAGUCAGUCAGUCUGUCGGAGUCUGUCCUCGGAGCAGGAGGAGCGAAGGGACUUCGGAGUGCCAGCUGCCCGAUUAUUUUCUUUCCCCUCCCUCUCUCCCGCCCCACAUUUCUCUUCACCCCUCUCCCGCCCUCGCUCGCGCAGCUAUGGCGGAGCCGUCCGCGGCCACUCAGUCCCCGUCCGUCUCCUCGUCGUCCUCCGGGGCCGAGCCCUCCGCGCCUGGCUGCGGCGGUAGCUCAGGAGCCUGCCCCGCCCUGGGGGCGAAGAGCUGCGGCUCCUCCUGUGCGGAUUCCUUUGUUUCUUCCUCUUCCUCUCAGCCUGUAUCUCUAUUUUCGACCUCACAAGAGGGAUUGAGCUCUCUUUGCUCUGAUGAGCCACCUUCAGAAAUUAUGACUUCCUCCUUUUUUGCAUCUUCUGAAAUACAUGACACUGACCUUACAAUACUACAUGGAGAAAAAAGUGAAACGUUAGGCAGCCAGCCUAUUUUAGCCAAAGAAGAAGGAAAAGACUGCUCGGCUCUUCUAGGUGUGAAAAAGAUGGAACAGCCUCAGCAGACCAGUAAAGACAUAGCCGACCCCGCAAUUUCUGUUGUGGAAGGAGGUCAUUGUAACCGUCCUUCCAUUCCAGCCAGUUUCCCAAAUCAUCCCGCUUUGCUCUCAAAGGAAGUUGGUCAAAUGGAACAGCAAAUAAAUAAAGAUCAAGAGUCCAAGAGCCCAAAUGAGGAACCAGGUAGGAAUGAUAAAACUGCCUUGGAUGCUGAUGACAACUUCACUUUGCUAACAGCCCAGAAACCACUUACAGAGCAGUCUAAGGCAGGAGGCAUUUGUACACACUCCUUGUCCCCAUCCAGAGUUUCAGCAGGUGGUGUUAUUGAAAAGGAUUCCCCUGAAUCACCAUUUGAAGUAAUAAUUGACAGAGCAGCGUUUGACAAAGAGUUUAAAGAUGCAUAUAAGGAGAGCACAAAUGAUUUUGGUAGCUGGGCAGUGCACACUGAUAGGGAAUCGUCUGCAGACAUUUCGGAGUCUAAUGACAAAGUGUUUCCACUGAGAAAUAAAGAGGUAGGGCGUUACCCAACCUCUGCCCUGCUCACUAGACAGUUUUCGCACACCACCGCAGCAUUGGAAGAGGUGUCCAGAUGUGUGAAUGAUAUGCAUAACUUCACUAAUGAAAUACUGACAUGGGAUUUGAUUCCCCAAGCGAAACAGCAUAGCAAUAAAUCUGACUACAUCCCAAAAAGUACAAGACUUGACAUGAGUGAAUAUACUUCAGAAAUUCCAGUUGUAAAUCUUAAAACUAAUGCUCACCAGAAAAUUCCUGUGUGUUCUAUUAAUGGGAGUGCUCCCAUCACUAAAUCAACAGGUGAUUGGGUAGAAGCAUCUCUUCCACAGGAAAAUGCUGUCGUUGAAGAACCUACACCACGCUGUCUGGAUUCCACAAAGGAUGUCAGUCGCAGAAGUGUCCAAGGCAAUGUGCAGAAACAAGAUGACACACUCUCAGAGGUACCUGGAUCUCUGCUUGAGAAAUGUGUCUCUCUGGGCUCUGGAGCAACCACAGUGAAAGUGGUUUUACCUGAAGACCACCUGGAAGAUGACAUGAACUGGCAGAGCUCUGUGUUGGGAGAAGUGACAGAGGCAGAUAGUUCUGGUGAGUCUGAUGACACGGUUAUAGAGGACAUCACAGCUGAUGUUUCAUUUGAAAGUCACAAAAUUCAGGCCAAAAAUCCUGUUUCCAUUCCAAGUGCUGUUGUAAAAAUAGAUGAAAGAGAAAUCAAAGAGCUUCUCAAUGGUAAUAGGGAAAAGAAAACAUCUGAAAAUUUUGAAAGGCUGGUCAGUGACUCUGAGCCCCAAGUUCAGCCUGAUGUUCUUGAAAGGAGUCCAGCUAAUGAGGCGGCAUGUUCCCAAGUACCCGAUAAGAAUGUCACAUCAGAAGAUAUGAAGCACUCAAAUAGUAUGCGUGAAAUUACUCCUUCAGUAGCAUCUUCAAAUGUUUUUAAUGAGACAGGAUUCUCGUUAAAUGUGACAACCUCUGCCUAUUUGGAGUCAUUACAUGAAAAAUGUGUUAAAGAUAUAGAUGAUUCGUCCCCAGAGGACCUGAUAGCAGCCUUUACAGAAACUAAGGAGAAAGGAAUAAUAGAUAAAGAUGAAAGAAAGGCCUUUGAAGCAACAUCAGAGAAGACUAUGGACUUUAAUAAAACAACCCUUCCUGUAGACGUCUUGCAUGAAAGUGAGUCCAGUGGUUCUGAAAUUAAAGACAUGAAAAGCAAAUACUCUGAACAAAGCAAAGAAACAAAUGGAAGUGAGCCUCUGGAUGUUUUCCCCACCCAAGGUACUCCAGUAGCAUCUUUUUACUUAGAACAGGAACAGCUCACGAUCAAAGCCCUUAAAGAAUUGAGUGAAAGACAGGUUGACAAGUCAGCUUCUGCACAGGAGAAAGUAGAAUAUCCUGAAGAAAUACUCAAGCAGACUUUCACAUUCGUUCCAGAAUCUUCUUGGCCACAGAGAUCGUAUGAUGUUCUAGAACACAAAGAUGUCAAGAGUGGAUCUGAUCUUGGGGUUUCCAAAAAGCCCACCAUUAUCAAAGAAACGGCUAGCAUAGAUGUCAUUUCCAGCCUUAGCAAGACUGAACUGGUAAAUGAGCAUGUCCUCGCAAGACUUCUGACAUAUUUUUCAGUGCACGAUCUGAUUUUCUGGCGAGAUGUGAAGAAGACUGGGUUUGUCUUUGGCACCACGCUGAUGGUGCUGCUUUCCCUGGCAGCUUUCAGUGUCAUUAGUGUGGUUUCUUACCUCAUCCUGGCUCUCCUCUCUGUCACCAUCAGCUUCAGGGUCUACAAAUCUGUCAUCCAAGCUGUACAGAAGUCAGAAGAAGGCCAUCCAUUCAAAACCUACCUGGAUGUAGACAUUACUCUGUCCUCAGAAGCCUUCCAUAAUUACAUGAAUGCUGCCAUGGUGCACGUCAACAAGGCCCUGAAACUCCUCAUCCGUCUCUUUCUGGUAGAAGACCUGGUUGACUCCUUGAAGCUGGCUGUCUUCAUGUGGCUGAUGACCUAUGUUGGUGCCGUUUUCAAUGGAAUCACCCUGCUGAUUCUUGCUGAACUGCUCAUUUUCAGUGUUCCGAUCGUCUAUGAGAAGUACAAGACCCAGAUUGAUCACUACGUUGGCAUCGCCCGUGAUCAGACCAAGUCGAUCGUUGAAAAGAUCCAAGCAAAACUACCUGGAAUCGCAAAAAAAAAGGCAGAAUAAGUACAUGGAGACCAGAAAUGCCACAAUUACUAAAACAUCGUUCAAUAGUUAUAAUGUCAUUACUUGUACUAUGAAGGAACGUGCUCAGUGUCAGCUUGAGCCUGCAUUCCAAGCUUUUUUUUUUUUUAAUUUGGUGUUUCCCCCUCCUUUCCCUUUCCCCGCAAUAUCAGCACAAGAAUUGUUGGACUAAAAAAAGAACUGAUACCUUAGAACCGAAAAGAAUAAAAACAGAAUCAGUUUAAUAGGAUAAAUCAAUACUUAGUGGUGGUGGAACAUUUACAUGCAGCUUGAAUGGGGAAAGCUUGGAGGUGAAAGGAGGACAUGAAAGGUAAACACAUCUCUUGGAUUCUUCUAUUUAAUUUUCAAGGACUAGCCUUACAGAGCUUCCCAUCAUAAUUUUGCCUGUAUUUUUAAGUUAAGAAAUAAUGGUUAACUUAUAAAGAAAUUAUCUGGGGACAAGAGUUGGAUUCCUUCCCGUGGGUUUGGUUUGUUUUGUUUUGGUUUGCUUUUUUGCAGCCCUUCAUCCCAUCUUCCUGCCCCACAAUGUGAGCAGCUACUCCUCAUAUUCCUCUUCGUAGCUUAUAGAUAUAACUUUCAACUCUAUGAAUAACUUAUAGGUGAUAGUAGUAAUUCCUGGUUCCCAGAAUGCCACCUGCUAACUGAGAAUGGAAACAGAAGGUAGGGCUGGAGAGGGAGUCAGCAGGAGCACUGCUGUGACCACCGCUCCCUCGCCUCAUCCCUACGAGAGGAAAGGCCCCGCCACUUGGGAAGGGGGUGUCUGUCGUUUCUUCUGGACACCAGUUCAGAGCUUUGAGUUUGAGAACUCAUUCCUGAAUGUGCUUUCCCCCCUCUUCCCUACCCACCUCACCUCAAGUUUAAUAAAUAUGGUUGUACUUUUCUUAUUAUGAAAUAAAUGUCUGUAACUGCUGUAAA